AUGUUUGGACCUGAGGAUGUUGACUUCACGAGUCAGUCUUGGAUAUGGCCCAUUUCAUCAUCAGAGGACACAGACAGACAAGGAGUGAUCGGUGAAUACAGUGAUUGGCAGGAGAGCUUUCUUUUACACCCUAAUAUGAAGGCACUUCCAUCCAGACACCAUGAGACUGUGACAGAGGAUUCAGUCUUAAAGGAGAGUAUGCAAACAAAAUGGCCUUCAUUAGGAAGUAAACUUCAACAAUCUGUCCAGGAGAAAACAUUUAAUUAUCAGUCAACUGAGAAGAGUUCUGUAACCAUAGUUUACCCUACACAAACCCGAGAGAGCAAACCAACAUUAGCAACAACACACAAACCUGGGAAAGGGUGGAUUUCAACGCUUUUGGCAGGACUUGGAGCUAAUCCUCAGCACCCAACUCCCACAGCAAGCCAGAGCAACUGGGGAAGAACAACAGGGAUUACCAUGUCCACACAUGGAAAACAAGAUCGACUGAUUGACAUUGCAGGUCAUGAUUUACACACAGGAACGGCCAGCACAGAGGCAUCCAGUGAUGAUCCCAGGAAAGACAAUUUGCACGUUUCAAAGGCCGGCGGUACAGUCACAGUUGGCAGUAAUGAGGAUACAACAACCAUACCUUGUAAAACAUCCGAUCAGUCCUGGACUGUCACCUACCCUUAUGAAUUCACACCCAGUGAGUCCUUGCACCCACCUCUAGGUCUCAGCCCUGCCCUGUUGGUCCCAUUAUACUCAGACUGGAACUCUGCUCAUGCUACAUGGGGAUUUGCAUGGGAAGCACACAUCUAUGGCCUGGGAUCAGUCUUCACUCUCUUCGGAUUCAUUUCCAUGGUUUGCCUGUUAGGCUUGCCUCUCAGGUGUCCCCCUGGUAGCCUCUAUCUCACAAUGUUGCACUUCUUCAUUAUGGCAUUUACAGGUAUCCAAGCAUUCUGUUUGUUAUAUGAUGCUUACAGUUCUCAAGAUCGCCUUCCCACACUAAUCACGCUUCUGCUGUUUGAACUUCCAUUGCCCUGUUUGAUAUCAGGAUUUUCACUGGCUUUCCUCCUUCUUUCCUUGCGCUCACGCAGGCAUCUUUCUCUUUCAUUUGCAAUUUCUGCCUCAUUCUCAGCCCUGCCCAAGCCUUGCAUUUUACUAUGCAUGUCUUUGUUGCAUUUUGUAGUCUCACUAGGAUGUGUUGGACUCCACUACCUCUUCAAUAGCCUCCCUAUAGUGAUCCUCCUGCUUCCUCAGGUAGUGUUUGUCUGCCUCACCAUAUUUCUCUCAUGCUCUUACCUCAUAUUCUUCAUCUUCACACAAGUAAGCACAAAACAUGUUUACAGGCUUAAUGACAAUGGAGAAAGUGAAGGAUCCCCUGAAGUGAUCAGAGUAACAGUUUGUCCCUUUUCCAAAGUAGAAGACUGGAAUAGGGCAGCAAGAACUGGAAUAGGAACUGCAUUGAGCUUGUUAGGAUGUGGGGGUCUUCAACUAUAUGGGAUUCUACAUGCACUUGGUUUUGGUGGGGUUGAUGGUUAUGGUUUUAUGGCUUGGCCAUGGUGGGGUUACCAGGUAGGCUGCAGACUCUGUGAAAUUGGGGUCUGUCUAGGUUUAUCCAUCAUCGGAACACACCCUUUAUUCAGUCACAAACACUCCUCGAUAAAGACCAUAACUCAUCCACGGCCAGGAUCUUGGUCUCGUCUAUCCUGCAACUCUCCAUUACGAGAACUCACACUGCCCUCUCAGAAUGGAGCAGAUUCCCCCGUUCUCUCCUCUCAUGAGUCCUUUUCCCAGAGUAAGCAAGAAAAGCUGGUUGUCUGUGAUGUUGUUACCAAGAGGCAGUCUGAAACUCUUCCUCUUUGCUCAAUGGUUGAUCCCUCUAAAAAUGAAUUAGAUUGUGUCCCCAAUCACAACCAAACACAGAGUUUGUUACCCCUACCUAUAACCCCAAGUGAACCAUGCAAACCUGAAAACAUAGUUAAGCCUCAGCAGUCAUCACUAGAUAGUUUAGGUGUAGAAUCUGAUUCUACUGGGGACUUACGGCCCCCAUCCCCAAUCGACUUGUCCCGCAGUAUUGACCAAGCUCUUUUCAGUGAAUCCCUAUUCUCUCACAGUAUCUUUGGUCUACCAAGACUGCACCAUGCUUCUUCAACUGUUUCAUUGCACUCUCCUGCCCAAGGUGCAUCCAAGCAAAUAUCCUGCUCUGUGGUAGAUACCCUUUACCGAACUUCUUCUUGUGGAAAUGUAGAUCGAGAUAACACCCUGUCCAACUCCAAAGCUUUCCAACCACAAGGCAGUUUGACCUCUCCCUCCAAUCCGCCGAUGCCACCAGAGCAAUUGGACUGGAAAGGGAGCCAUACUGGUUCAACCCAGGGUUUGUGCAGCCAGCCAAAGGAAAUGGGAAAGAUGCGUUCACAUUCUUGGGCCAACAGAGGGCAGCACUUUGCUCAUAGCAGCCUAUCACGGGGAAUCCCACACCUGUCUUACCAAAGGCGUUACCGAACAUUGAGCCUUGCCUCCCAAGACAGUCAUGGCUCUGGCCGAUUGGCGGGCACUAAGCAACUGAGUGACAGCAAACAACUAGAAUGGGAUCUUGCUGUUCAAGCAGAGUUUGUCCAUGUGUGCAGACAAAUUGAUGCCCUGAGUGUUUGCAGUGAUACCAUUGAAUUGUAG